AUGCCGUUGCAAAGGCUAGCAUUUGGUGAAAUUGUUCAUUUCCCUUUUAUAACACUCGACGACGCUACACUCCCAGCGACCCGCGCGCCUCGCCUCGCCGCUCCGAGACUUGUCACGCCAGUCUGGAAUGAUGGCGCGGAGCCAGUCAAACCCUCCGUACGACAUCAUGACAACGAACCGGCCAGACGGUUGAGUUCCUUUCUCCAUGCCAUCUCAUGUGCUCCCAUUCCGCGCGGGUCGCACGGCAGUGCCACCCAUCGUACAUCUGGUCUCGCGGCCAAGGCCGGCUCCGGACCUGCGAUGAUCGGGUUCGGCCUAGUCAUGUACAUGAACCCACAUGGCUGCAAGGCAUCACAAAGUCGCCUCCAUGAUAGCAAAACACGGCGCAGAGUACUUCGUAUCGAAAAACUGGUCGAGAAUUAG